AUGGGUAUCGCGGCCAUCGGCAACUGGCUCUUCAACUUCGCCCUGGGUCUCUACAUCCCUCCCGGAUUCCAGAAUAUCACCUGGAAGAUGUUCGUCGUCUUCGGCGUCAUGUGUAUCCUGGCCGCGAUCCAGUUCUAUUUCACCUACCCCGAGACAUGCGGCAAGACCCCCGAGGAAAUCGAGGAGAUGUUUUCCCCGAAUGGCCCCAAGCCCUGGCAGACCAAGCCUGGCAACUCCAAGCUGGAUGCGCUCGUCGACGACGUUCGCGCGAACCACAAGCAUAUCAGCAUGGGGGAAACGGAGAGCAAGACCGGUGCGGGGGAGGUCGUACAGGUCGCCUAA